CCCCGCCUGUGGGUUGGGCCCCGGUCGGUGCAGCUGACUCCCCCCUUUCUCCCUGUUGGGCCCACGAGGACGCUGUGGGAUUUGGCACCAUGUCUGUGUCAAGGCUGGCUCAGUUGCUUGGCUGCGUCCCGGCCACCGCGUGGAGAGCGGCAAGAUCACCCCUUUUAUGUCAUUCUGUGAGGAAAAUUAGUUCUCAAGGAGAAAAAUCCAAACCCAUCAAACAAUCUCUUAAGAAGCCAAAGUUACCAGAAGGUCGUUUUGAUGCACCAGAAGAUUCUAAUUUAGAGAAAGAACCACUGACAAAAUUUCCAGAUGACAUUAAUCCUGUUACCAAAGAAAGAGGUGGACCCAGAGGCCCAGAACCUACCCGAUAUGGAGAUUGGGAACGAAAAGGACGCUGUAUUGAUUUUUAAGACACAUAUUAUUAACUUCAGUAUCUUUUUCUGAAUAUGUACAUCUGAAUUUAUUUCCAGUUGUUUUCUUUCUGUAUAUCCUUUAAGUCAUUUAAUUUCUAUAAUGUGUUUAAAAACAUAAAUAAUGCCUGAAAGAAAAUAUGCUGCUAUAAAUUAAGGGGAAAUAGUUGUACAUUAGCACAUUAAUUUAAUUUAAAUAUAUUGGAGUAUAUAAAUGGCAAUUAGAGCGCAAACUCAUUUCAUCACAUUUCAGUUUAUGUUAAUCAGCUGCUUAUAAAAUGCAAAUGUAAAUACAAGUUUUAAUGAUUUUUAUUGCCGCAUGCUAGGUAAUAGUGACUUUUUAAAUGUGAGUUAAGUAACACAUUAUAGUUUGAUAAGGCCACAGUAACAACAGAAAAUCUAACUCCAGAGCCAGUUUACUUGGGUUCAAAUCCUGGCUCUGCUACUUAUUAGCCAUGUGAUCUUGGAUAAGUUAUUUAACUUCUCCACAUCUCAGUUAUCUUCAUGCAUAAAUUGGAGUUAAUGCUAGUUCUACCCUAUCAGAUAGUGAGAAGAUAUUUAAGUAAGUACAUGUAAACCACUUGGAGCAGUGCAUAGCACAUAGCUCUCAGUGUGUUAGCUAUCCUUCGAUCUUAAAUGUAUUUUUCCAAGACUCUGGCUUUCUGUGGAGAAAUAUUAAGAAACCAAGUUUGAAAUACUUGAACUGAAAUUGUUUUAUAUGAAUGUAACAUUAAAAAAUCAUUAGUUGGAA